AUGAAUACAGAAUACAUUCCGCCACCCCUCCCCCCUCCCUUCGCACACACAACCCCUCCACCAACCCUCCUCGCCCAAGGCGCCGAAGCACGACUCUACAAAACCACAUUCCUGACCUCCGACACACCCGCUGCACUCAAAAUCCGACCUACAAAACCCUACCGCCACGAACUGCUUGACCGGCGUCUAACCCGUCAACGCGUACUGCACGAGGCAAGAUGCUUAAUGAAACUCGUCCGGGAAGGGGUCAGCGUGCCCGCCGUACUAGCUCUAGACUGGGAUCCUGCUACGCCCGCGGAUGGCACGAGGUCGGUUGGCGCGUGGAUGCUUAUGGAGUGGAUUGAUGGGUUGGCUGUGAAGCAUAUAUUGGAGCGGUGGGAGAAAUGGAUGAAGAAAUCUAUUACUUCCAAUGAUUCGCAGUUCAACAAAGAGGAGGAAGAGGGUAAAGUGAAAGAAUUGAUGAAGAAAAUCGGCCGCACGGUGGGAAGUAUGCACAAGGUUGGGGUCGUGCAUGGAGAUCUGACAACGAGUAAUAUGAUUCUGAGACCGCUUGAUUCUGCACCGUCAGGCGUCACAGAGUCGCCCUCGAUGAUGGGCGAUAUUGUGCUUAUUGAUUUUGGACUUGCUAGCACGAGCUCUGCUGAGGAAGAUCGUGCGGUUGAUCUAUAUGUUCUGGAGCGCGCAUUUGGAAGUACGCAUCCAAUGACUGAGGAUUUCUUUUCUGAGAUUCUGGAUGGCUACGCGGAGAGUUUCAAGGGCGCAAAAUUGGUGCUCAAGAAAUUGGAGGAUGUGCGGAUGCGCGGCCGAAAGCGAAGUAUGCUUGGUUAG